AUGUUUUUACACAACAAAGCACUGAAAUUGCAUUAUGAGGUCUAUCAUCCAUAUCAUCUCAAAGGACUACAGAAAACAAAUCAGCAACAUGCAAAUCCUCAACAUGCAACAACAUUGAAUGAUCAACAACAACAUCAAGCUUAUUUUCAACAGCCAACAGGAACAUGGCAACAAUCUCAAGAAAUAUGGCAGCAACAAGCACAUUUUCAACACCCUACAGGAACAUGGCAACAACCCCAAGGAUUAUGGCAGCAAAGCAAUCAACACCAACAGCAAGCAUACCUUCAGCAACAUCAAAAUUAUACUCAUGCAGAUAUAGGACAAAACCCACAAAGCUUUAAUCAACAUCAUCUCCAACGACAAAUUCAACAGAAAGAUGAUGAAUCAAAUAAAAAAAAUAACAUGAAAUUAGUUAGUGCAUAG